UAGCUAUUUUGGGCCAGGGGAUUUUGAGCUGUGUGUAGAGGUGCCAGGCGGACGAGAGGAGAUCGUCCAAAUCUGAACGGCUUUCUCUACCUUUUCUUUAGUGUUUGUCAACAACGCAACCACGAACAGGGGUCUUCUAACGUUUUAUGACGCCAGUCUGAGGUGGGAGUGAUCAUGAAGUCCACUCCUUCUCCUCCUCCAUUAUUUGUUCGUGUCAGCGAGCGAGACCUGACCGAGAUUGAGCUCCAUUCGGUCGAGUCCAUCAAUGACCUGCACCGCACACACUCUGAACAGCACAGCAAAGGUGUUCAGCCACCCCGUCCACCACCACCUUCCUCCAACGGGAACCUCCAGAUGCAAGAUCGGGCAGUUGUCUAUCAAACAGGUCAACCAGCCUGUAUGAGCCGACUGAAUGACAUUUGCACUUCCACUAGACGACACUAUUUCUUAGCAUGUGCAGCCAUCAUUGCGUUUCUCCUCAUUCUCAUUCUUAUCUUCAGUUUUUUAGUCCUGCAGAGCAAUGCUCUCCACACACUUCUGGAGAUGGUGAAACAGAAACAGGAAACAGCUGAGGAAAUCUCCCAACUCUUACAACAGCUGCAGCAGAGCAGAGACCAUAAGAACAUAUCACUCAACAGCAGAAACAACUCUCCACUGUGACAAUACUGAGAGAAGAAUAAUCAACUCUGAUUAUGAGUCUGCUAAUGAUCCAGAACUUUACAUCAAUGUGUGUGACUUUCUGUCUUAAAGGCUUCUAUUUCUCUGCUGGAAUCCAUUAGUCAAUUAUCUUGCUCAAAAACAUUCACUUGUCCUGUUUGUGGAGUUUAAACAGAUAAUAUAGUGAUUUAAGUGUUGUUGUUUUUUUUACCGAUAUAUUUUUGUACACGUGUUGGCAACUUGCACAUUAGUUUCACUACAGCAAAUGGUAAUACAAAACCACAUUAGGAAAUUUAAAAAGGAUAUGUAAAAUAUAUUUUAAUUAGUCCAUCACUGUAAACAAACAUAUUAGAUUGUGACAUAAAUCAUGUUUUGAAUGAGCAAGAACAUUCACUAUGGUGAGUGCUUUUGAGAGCACAAUGACUGUAAAUAGGUAUAUAGACCAUGAUGUUCUAUUUAUGAGAAAAAAAUAAUUUAAAAAGAAUUAAAGAGUAAAAAAGAAAUUCUACAUGACAUGGCUCUUACAUUUUGCACUUCAGAGUUGACAUGAAAUCAAAAUUGACCCAAUUUACUUUUAAUUAUGUCCCUGGUCUUUUUGUUUAUGAUUUAUCUGUGCUUUUAAAAUGACUUUCUUUUUCUGCUUAUGUCACUCAGGCCAUGGGGUUUAAGGUACAACAGUCAGG